ACGGCUGAAUCGACCAAUCAGAGACUCUCCCAUCAGGUGUGCUGACUGACUCAAACUCCUCCCCCCCUCUCAUAACCGACAGCUGACAUACAUCUGGGUUCAAAAUCAGUUCAGUCACCUGUAGAGCGUCUCACACACACAUAGUACAGAGGUUUCACACACACACACACACAGUACAGAGGUUUUACACACACACACAUAGUACAGAGGUUUUACACACACACACACACACACACACACACGGCUGUUGAAGCCAUGACACAAAGAACGCUCACUCAGAAUCCUCUGGAGAAGACAUGGGGUCCGUGGUUGAAGAGCAGGCUGAGCCAACGCAGAGGCUCGUCGGUGCCCCAGUUCACCAACUCCCCCACCAUGAUCGUGAUGGUGGGGCUGCCGGCCAGAGGGAAGACCUACAUCUCCAAGAAGCUCACCAGAUACCUGAACUGGAUCGGAGUCACGACUAAAGUGUUCAACGUGGGCCAGUACCGAAGAGACGCCACGCGCUCCUACAACAGCUUCGAGUUCUUCAGAGCCGACAACGCCGAGGCCAUGAAGAUACGCAAAGCUUGUGCCGUCGCUGCCCUGAAGGACGUGUGUGACUACUUCACCAGAGAGCAGGGCCAUGUGGUGGUCUUUGAUGCCACCAACACCACGCUGGAGCGCAGAGACGUCAUCCUCCAGUUCGCCGAGGAAAACGGUUACAAGGUUUUCUUUGUGGAGUCCAUAUGCGACGAUCCAGAAAUCAUCGCCGCGAAUAUUAAACAAGUGAAGCUGAGCAGUCCAGACUACGUGGACUGUGACAAAGAGGAGGCUGUGGCCGACUUCCUGAAGAGGAUUGAAUGUUACAAGUUGACGUACGUCCCGCUGGACGAGGACAAGGACAGGAACUUGUCCUACAUCAAGAUCUUCAACGUGGGCAGCAGGUACCUGGUGAACCGGGUCCAGGACCACAUCCAGAGCAGGAUAGUCUACUACCUCAUGAACAUCCACGUCACCCCCAGAUCCAUCUACCUGAGCCGCCACGGCGAGAGCGAGCUCAACCUCGCUGGUCGCAUCGGGGGAGACUCGGGCCUGUCGCUCCGCGGGGCAAAGUUUGCCAGUGCUCUGGGGCUGUACAUGACUGGGCAGUCCAUCAGCGACCUGAAGGUGUGGACCAGCCACAUGAAGAGGACCAUCCAGACCGCCGAGGCUCUGGGGGUCCCCUACGAGCAGUGGAAGGCCCUCAAUGAGAUAGACGCCGGGGUUUGUGAGGACAUGACGUACGAGGCCAUUCAGGAGAAUUACCCAGAGGAGUUUGCACUGAGGGACCAGGACAAGUAUCGCUACCGCUACCCGAAAGGAGAGUCUUACGAGGACCUGGUCCAGCGUCUGGAGCCAGUGAUCAUGGAGCUGGAGAGGCAGGAGAACGUGCUGGUGAUCUGCCACCAGGCCGUGAUGAGGUGUCUGCUCGCGUACUUCCUGGACAAGACGGCUCAUGAGCUGCCCUACCUGAAGUGUCCUCUGCACACGGUCCUGAAGCUGACCCCGGUGGCAUACGGAUGUAAAGUGGAGUCCGUCUUCCUCAAGAUUGAAGCUGUCAACACACACAGAGACAAACCAGAGAACGUGGACGUGGACCGAGACCCGUCGGAGGCUUUGGAGACGGUCCCGGACCACAUCUAGAGGCCGCUACAGACCCCACCUCGAGGCCGCUACAGACUACAUCUCGAGGCCGCUACAGACUACAUCUCGAGGCCGCUACAGACCCCACCUCGAGGC